GCAAAUGAAGCGUGGUAUUGGUGCAGUACAGAGCAACACGAGUUCGCACUGAAAACUUCAUUCCACUUUUUCGGACUAAAUCUCAAGAAUGUCUUUCGUGAAAUCUUCAAAGUAUAUUCUUAGUGUUGGGCAAAUAUGUGCCGACUUGAUAACAAUAUGCGAGUCAUACCCCGAAGAAGAUCUUCAAGUUUGUGCUCAAGCCCAAUAUUGGCAGAGAGGUGGAAAUGCCGGAAACUUUGCUGAAGUUAUUUCUCAUCUUGGUAAUAAAGUUGAAUUCAUGGGAACUUUUCCUGACAUGAGUAAGAUGAAACAAUCUAUUAUGGGAGGUAUUGCGGAAGCCAGAUACUGCUUGGCAGAACUCGAUCGAGCCCGUGUUAGUUACGAACAUCUUGCUUUCCGGGAUUGUCAAAGCUUCCCUUCAACAUCAAGUGUAUUGAGUAAAACAACCGGAACUCGUACUAUUGCCCAUUACAGGGGACCGCUGGAUGAAUUAACCAUAGAAGAUUUUGCUGUUCUUGAUUUAAACAAAUAUUGUUGGAUACAUUUUGAGGGAAGAAAAAAUGGCGAUGUCAUGGAGAAAGAAAUCGAAAUAAUUCAACAACAUAAUUCAACUAAAAAGUUGGAGGAUCGAGUAUCGGUGUCCGUGGAACUCGAAUUGCCAGAACACGCAUCACUCGCUAAAUUAAUUCCCUUAGCGGAUAUGAUCAUCAUCAGCAGAUAUUUUGCUCGUCAUUUGGGAUUUCAAUCUGCCAUAGAAUGCGUUGCAAAAUUGCGUCAUCAAUUGAAAAAAGGUGGAGACAUUGUCUGCUCGUGGGGGCAUCUCGGUGCAGCUCACGCAAGAAAUGUUCCAGAUAACAUUGAGCAACUUGUACAAGCUGUGAAACCAGAAAGAGUUCUUGAUACUCUCGGGGCUGGAGAUACGUUCCAAGCUUCUCUGGUACAUGCUAGAUUAAACGGAUUGGAUCUCAACAGCACUGUACUGUUUGCAUGUGAAGUCGCCAGCAAGAAAGUUGCUUCAAUUGGGUACAACAGUGUUAUCGGGUUGGGUAUAAAUUAGAAAGAAAGUUGCAGAUAAUUGGAUGCGAUAGCGUAACCAGCGUAAUUGAAUUGAUUUUUAUAUUACAACAAAUCACCCAUCUCACCUCAAUUUCAUUUACACAUAUUAUAUUGUUUCUGUAACAUUUUACAUCAAUGUACUAAACUUAUUGUAAUUUCAUAAUUGGAAGAUAAGAACAAUUGUUUGUGUAUUCAUUUGCAACUACUCUUGGGGCUGCCAGUUAUAUACCAGCUGUGUUUUAAGAAGAUAAUUUCUAAAUAUUGUAGGGCAUGCCCAAGUCUCUGCUUUCUCCUUUGACAAGCUUUGAUGAGAAAAACGCGAUAGGCCUGAUAUCCUUAAAUUGCAUAAAUUUCGCUAUGGAUAUCGCUACGGUAACGCCCAGGUCAUAGAGUUGCUAAAAAUAUCUUUGGUUCAAUGGCGGCCGAGCAGUAUGGAAUAAAAACUAUUCCCUUUCGGUUAAGAUAUAACGAAAAAGUUUUUGGUGGAAUACUGGGUCCAACAGGACUUCUAGUAUCUUCUGGCAUCUCUAAACUAGUGAAGUUGAAAUCGAUUGGUUCAUUAGUUGCGGACAAAAACGAUUUUUUCUGACAAUUACAAUUUGACAAAACAAUUUAUAGACCGACUUGAUGUCUAAUGAAGCUUUUUACGGGUGACAAACUACUCCACACUAAUUAUCCAUGAAUGCCGAAUAAAGUUUUAAAAUAUACAUGUAACGAAGAAAACGUUUAUGCUCUAGUUUCUUUACAAUGCACCCAGAGAAUUAUAUGGUCCAUAUGAUACUUGGGGUGUAUCACUUG